GCCCCGGGUCGUAAUAAGGCUCGAAGCGUGCCCCGUAGCUGUGGGAAGUCACUUCUACCGGUCGCUUUCUUGGGGAAAGGAAUCCAUUUCUAUUUGAGCUGCGCCACCUCAAGGAACCACUUGAGGACCGUAAGCCUUACUCGAAGACGCAUGUAAUCUUACAUUUUGUCGAUAGCUGGCAACACGCAAAGCGAACCCAUGAGGCUCCUCAAUGCCAAGACGAAGAGGUUGGAGGAGUUCUUCGAGAAGGAUGUCCCUCCUUAUGUUAUUCUGUCGCAUACUUGGGGCAAGGAUGAGGUGCUCUUCAAAGAAAUCACGAAAGGGAGAUACAACAACGACUCGGAUAAGAUUGAGGGUUGCUGCAGAGAAGCACUGGGCAGUGGCUUUGACUAUGUCUGGAUCGACACAUGCUGUAUCGAUAAAAGAAGCAGUGCUGAACUGUCUGAAGCCAUCAACUCCAUGUUCAAUUGGUAUGAAAGGGCCUCAGCCUGCUAUGCCUACCUGGCCGACGUCCAUGAUACGAUGGACUUAGGUGUUCCAGAAUCCACGUUGGCUUUCAGAAAGAGCAAGUGGUGGACUAGGGGCUGGACUCUCCAAGAACUACUGGCUCCUCGAAUGGUUAUAUUUUACAACGCAUCGUGGACUCGAUUGGGUAAAAAACUCUACUCAAUGUUUCGUGAUUCCCCGCCCACCGGUUCCAUCAAUGGGUUGAUCACUGAGAUUACCGGGAUAGGGACCAAGUAUCUGAACGGUUACAACAGAUGCUGCGAUGCCAGCAUUGCUGAAAGGAUGAGUUGGGCGGCAUUGCGGCAAACUACACGUGAAGAAGAUGUUGCCUAUUCGCUCCUGGGUAUAUUCAAUGUGAAUAUGCCAUUGCUUUAUGGCGAAAAAGCGAGAGCUUUCCAUCGGCUCCAGGAAGCCAUUAUCAGCUCUUCUCACGAUCAGUCCAUCUUUGCGUGGGGAUCCAGACAAGUCGGAGCUAUGGGUAACCGUGAACUACUUGCAAGCUCACCAUCUGAUUUUGUUGGAUUCGCGGACGUCGUGCCUUAUACUCCUGAUUGGGCUGGCAUCUCCCAUUAUUCGAUGACAAAUGCAGGCCUCCAAAUUUCCAUGAGAUUGCGCAAGGUGCCUGGUAGUGACAAUACCUUCAUUGGGUUGUUCAAUUGCGCUAAGCUCAAUGAGAAAGGUUCACGAAAUAUCGCCAUUGCUCUCAUCCCCUCUCCAGAACAGGAUGGGAAAGCUACCAUGGUGGGACAGUUCAUCAGAUGUGGCGCAGUACCAAUUUCGAUAUCGUUAUCAUUGUUUCAGGAACCUGACAAUGAUGCAGCCAUCCCAAUCUACAUUAGCACAGAAUAUAUGACUAUGUACGAAAGUGGAUUGAGGCUCACAAGAUUGUCAGGGACAACAAGAACCUAUAUAGAAGCCAUCGAAGCCUAUCCCCCAGCUUGGGAAUACGUUGUGGAUCAAGGCUUUAUUUUGGCCUUUGAUAGGAUCUUCCGUUCGGGGGAUACCAGCGUCGAAAUUUCGGGACAGCAAACUAUUUAUCUUUAGUAUCUGAUAGGGACAGGAGAACCCUUUGUUGUACGUCUAAAGUAUGGGUUCAGCGUGCCGAUAUUCGAAUUCCGGCUUUGCCCAUCGACUUUAGAAUUUGCGAUUGCCCAUCAAGAGUAUGGCCAGUCCUUGGCAGAGACUAUGAUGAUGCACAAAGGUCAAAUAGAUACGGUAUUGAGCUGGCAGCAGCAGCUUGAUACAGAUGAUGGAAUUCUGACGUUCCGCUUUAAAAAGGAGGCGACCCCACCGUGGAUCCUUCAUCUAGCCCUAAGUCAUUAUAAGUAGAUUGGGU